CUCAUGCCUGAACGAAGCUCAUCUAACACCCGUAUUUUCUCCGUAAGACGUGUCAUGGCCUUCUUGCACUUAGGAAUACCAGACCGAGCUUCAGCACUGCACUAGGGGGUCGUCGUAAACAGCAAAAUCACCAACAAAAAGCACAAAAAUAUGAAAAACUAACCAGGCCAUGAAAAGGACACUUGUUUACGCUCUGAGAACUGAAACAGGAUGGCAGAGCAUCGCCUUGGUCUACCCCAGCUGGGAACGUAUGUGUUGGGUAGUGAAAUCUUUCACUGUUCUGUCAGUGCCCAAGAAAACAACGGUAUCGACAUUGGGGUUAUAAAUAAAUUUUAGUGAGUAUAGCUGGGUUUGCAAAUAUAGAAUUCAGCGAAUAAGGAGGAUCGACUGUACUAGUGAAACAGUCAUGAAACUGGAUCUAUCUGAUAACAUAACCUCAAAAUAUACAAAGCAAAAACUGACAUACUCGAAGAGUGAAAUCUAAAAUCCACAAACUUAGUAGGAGAUUUUAAUCUAUCUCAAAACCAACAGAUGGAGCAGAAAAAACAGAAAAAACUGGGACCACCUAAUGAACAGGCUUCAUUGUGUGUGUGUGUAUACAGAUCCCUAUGUACAAACUCAGAUCCCUGUUCCCAACAGAUAAUGUCGUUUCAUGACAAAGUGUUUGCAACUGCUGAAAAAGUUAACUAUGUACUAGAACAAAAAAAAAACACUCAAUUGCAAAGGAUCUGCACUGUACAGGAUCUAGUUCUGACCGUGCGAAUAGAACAGAUAUCAACGAUAGAGAUAGUUGACCAGACCGCGUGUAUUUGGGAACCAAAGAACAUACCGUCGCCCCCCCCCGCCCCCCAACUAAUAGCUGCUCCGAACUGCACGUCAAACAGCACAGAUGUGACUGUGGCAGCCAGUGUCACCCAGUGUAGCUCAGAAGAGUAUGAGGCCAAGAGCUCCCAACUCUGCUGCAAGCUCUGCCCGGCUGGGCACCAUGUCAGCGCACACUGCACGGAGAAUCACGGUUCCGGGGAGUGCUCCCCAUGUAAGCCCAACACCUUCAUGGCCCACCGCACGGGGAGGACCAGCUGCAUGCCCUGUGCCCAUUGCCGGGAUGAUCAGGAGGUGGUGAAGGAGUGCUCUCCGUUCAGCGAUCGGCAGUGCCAGUGCCGAGAGGGGAUCUUCUACUGUGACUCCAUGGACUGCGUUGAGAGCUGUUUCCGAUGCACAAGGUGUAAAGGUGCCAUCCUUCACCCUUGCAAUGCAACAAGGGAUACAGUUUGUGCCACAGACACUAACCAAGAGCCAGGAAACUCAAACUGGUAUUGGUUCUUCAUUGUGGUGGGCGUCGUCAUCGUCAUCCCCGUUUACUACUUGAAGAAAAAAGGGGUACAGAUUUUGCCGUGGUUUGUCAGCAUCUUGAAGCAAGAGUCAAAUGAGCCAGGCAGCCCUUCACCUGAACGCAGCCAGCCUAAUGACAUGUUACUCAUGGACCCUGAAAGGGACCGGCCAGCCCCUGGUGUGGAAACAACACAGGAGUUGGAAGAAGAAAGGUUAGCCUUGGCGCCUGGGGCCGGGACCUGCCCAGGGCCCUCUGAGCACCCUGAGGAAGGCAUUGAGCUGCAGGUGGUGGUGGCCACAGCCGCCCCAGAGCAGGAGCUACAAAGUCAUGUUCCUGCUGCCUGUGGGCCUCAGGGCCAGGCCGAGACUGCACCCUCCCUCCGUCGUCUGGAGCAGGAAUAUAAACAAAAAUAUUUUUUAAAAGACACGUCCUCUGACUUCUCCAGUUUGACCUGUCUUGCAUUCGAACGUGAGGUUCCACCAAAUGAUUGGAAGAUGUUUAUGAGAUUGAUCGGACUUGAAGAAAAUGACAUUGAGAUUUGUAAAUACGAGAAUCCUGGAAAUCUGAUGGAAGAACGUCAUAAGAUGCUCCUCAUGUGGAGAAACAAGUUAGGCAGGGAAGCUUCUAUUUUUAGACUCUUGGCUGCCCUCUACACAUUGGGGUUACAUGAAUGUUUGCAAAAUAUUAUAAACAGAUUGGUUGCUGAAAAUAUUUUAGGUAGGCAUGCAGACACCCCAAAUUAGAGUACACUCUUGGCACAGGAUCGUGACUUUAAGCAGUGUCUUGAAUGGAUAGGAUCUGAGCGUCCUACCCAGUUCUGAUCCCAUCGGAAAUUUCAUGAAUCCUAGAUGGGGCUGUGCCCCUUAUCUAAAUAGAUUCUCUAUAACGCUUUCAAUGGGGAGGUGAGUUCCACAUGGAAGCAAGAGUGCUUCCCUCCCAGGGCAAGGGAGUCUGGGGGGCUGCCUGUGGCUGGUGUGGCAGAGAUGGGCUGCUCCUAAGUGCAUUUCAGGGGGCUGCGAACUUGUCUGCCAGGGACCACUUAAUGUGCUGAGUAGGUUCACAUUCCUUAGAAUCCCUUCCCAGGCACUGAGGACAGGAGGCUUUGGUGGUUGUCUUGCUGCCUCCACCAACUCCUUGAUCUCAGAGUCACUGUGAUAUCCCCCUGACCUAGAUCAGGGUGUGGCAUUAACCACAUGCUCCAUAAGUAUGUGUGAGCAAAUCAAUGACAAGCCACUCCCUGCCAGCUGCUCUGAGCAGUCCAUCAGCACUAGUCUGUAUGUGGUGCUGGAAUCAGACCAUCACUCGGGUCUUCUUCCUGGUGAUGCGACUGGAUUGAGACUAGACCCCACCUUUCUAAACCAGUAUUAGCUGGGCUGGGGAUGGUGACAGCCACAGAACUUUUUUAAGUGCCUGGACUUUUUAAAUUACUGAUGCCAAAUAUUUUUUACCAAAAGAUUGUUCAUCUUAGCAAUACAUAGUUUUAUAAUUUUUCUUUACCUAAUAAAAUUAUAUCUUGAAUAACA